UCUCUCCGGACUAUAUAGCAGACCUGAGCGCAGACAGCCUGGUGCAGAAAAACUGGAAGAGCAGCAGCAGUGCAGCAGUCUCAGCUUCUUCUCAUCCAGCAUCUGUCUUCUAUCCUCACCAGGCCCUUAGCACUAUGGUGUUACACAAGGAGUUCGAGAAAGCAGGGAAGGAGCCCGGCCUGCAGGUGUGGCGGAUAGAAAAAAUGGACUUGGCACCCCUCCGUAAAAGUCACUAUGGAGACUUCUACACCGGAGACUCAUACAUAGUGCUCCACACCUCCGCUGCUCCGUCUUACAACAUUCACUCGUGGAUUGGCGCUGAAACUUCCCAGGACGAGAAAGGGGGUGUUGCCAUCUUUAUGACCCAAUUGGAUGACUAUCUGAACGGUCAGCCAUUACAGUUCACUGAGUGGCAAAACCAAGAGUCAGACACCUUUAUGGGCUACUUCAAGAGUGGCAUCAGAUACAAGACAGGUGGUGUAGCCUCAGGCUUCAGUCAUGUGGUCAAAACAAAUGAAAAACACCUGCUGCAAGUGAAAGGUCGUCGGAAGAUCAGAGCCACUGAGGUGCCCUUCGCUUGGAGUAGCUUCAAUAAAGGAGACUGCUUCAUCAUUGACUUGGGAGAGAACUUGUAUCGCUGGUCUGGCAGUGAAUGCAACGUCUUUGAGUGCCUGAAAGCCACUGAGCUGGCCAUCGCUAUCCGCGACAACGAGCAAUGCGGUCGCGGCGAAAUAGAAAUGAUCGACGAAGGCUGUGAGCCAGAAGAAGUCAUUAAAGCACUUGGAAAGAAGCCCGACCUCCCGUCAGGAACCUGUGAUAUACAAACUGAUAAGAAGAACACGACUGUGGCAUCUCUCUAUUUGAUUUCUGAUGCUGCUGGCUCCAUGAGGACAACUAUGGUGCAGGAUAAAAACCCAUUCCAACAAGAUCAGCUCUCCCAAAGUGAAUGCUACAUCUUGGACAAUGGAGGGAACAACAAGAUAUUUGUCUGGAAAGGUCAGGAUGCAAAUGCAGAUGAGCGCAAGGCAGCACUGAAUGCUGCAGAAAAGUUCAUCAAAGACAAGAAUUACCCCCGAAAAACUCAGGUCCAGGUGCUGCCAGCAGGGGGCGAGACCACCCUGUUCAAGCAGUUCUUCUUCAACUGGUUGGACAAGGAAGAGACCAUUUGCCCGAGUAAGCCCUACACCAUUGGUCGCAUCGCCAAGGUGGAGCAGAUUCCCUUCGAUGCCUCCAAACUCCACAGCGACAAAAGCAUGGCCGCCCAGCACUGCAUGGUGGAUGAUGGCUCCGGGAAAGUCAAGAUUUGGCGAGUGGAAGAAAAUGAUAGAGUGGCUGUGGACCCAUCCACCUACGGACAGUUCUUUGGAGGCGACUGUUACCUGGUGAUGUACACCUACAACAUGGGAGGCAGAGAGAAGUAUAUCAUCUACAUCUGGCAAGGGCAGAAGUGCUCUCCGGUUGAACUGUGUGCUUCAGCUGUUCUCACCAUACAACUGGACGAUUCCAUUUGUGGAGCAGCUACACAGGUUCGUGUCACUGGGGGCCAAGAACCCCCUCACCUUGUGAGCAUAUUUAAGGACAAGCCUUUGGUCGUCCACCUGGGUGGGACAUCCCGUCAGUGUGGCCAGAGCAAGCCUGGCAGCACACGACUCUUCCAUAUCCGCCAGAACUCCACCAAAGCCACACGGGCUGUUGAGGUGGAGCCCACCGCCUCCUCUCUGAACACCAAUGAUGUGUUUGUGCUGAAGUUGCCUGGUUCCCUGUUCCUGUGGAAGGGAAUUGGAGGAACUCCGGAGGAGAUGACUGCAGCAAAGUAUGUUGCCGGCAUGCUUGGAGGAACAGUCACUGAGGUGGAGGAGACCAAGGAGCCAACUGGUUUCUGGGAUGCACUGGGUGGGAAGAAUGACUACCAGACCUCCAGUGCCCUGAAGAAGACAGUCAGGCCUCCACGACUGUUUGCCUGUUCAAACAAGACUGGCAGGCUGAUUGCGGAGGAGGUGAUCGGCGAUUUCACACAGAUGGAUCUGGCAUCCGAUGAUGUUAUGAUUCUGGACAUCUGGGAUCAGAUCUUCGUUUGGGUCGGAAACGAUGCCAAUGAGACAGAGAAAACUGGAUCACUCAAGAUUGCUGAAGACUAUGUGAAGGCGGAUCCCUCUGCCCGUUGCGGUAUCCCCAUCGUCAGGAUUACACAGGGGAACGAGCCUUUCCCCUUCACCGGCUGGUUCCAAGCCUGGGACCCCAAGAUGUUUGAAACAUAACUGGGGCAAACAUUGCAUGCAGAGCCUGCAAAAAAAAAGUUAAAAAAGCAGUGGCAUCAGCAAGAAACCUGCAAAGAUCCAUUACUUAUCGUGUAUCGUUGGAAUUCAAAGAAUAAUCAACCUGCAAGAUAAUGUGAGCUGGGAAUUUCAAAGUUUUGUGUGGGUGGAGUGCAGCUUAGAGAUGCAUUAAAUAUUUCACAUCCCUUUUUGAAACUCUGAUGUAGGGCAGAAUCUUAUAAGUGCACACUCACAGUAUCUAAAAUAUAUUGAAUCAAACCUUUGCUGGGAACGUUUCUGGAAUUUUCUUAUGCAUUAAAAUGAUAAACUGUUUAUGGUCCAGUGAAAGAUGAUGCACUAUUUCUCCCAAGUUCGGUGUGGCCUUAAGGACAUUUUGAAAAUUGACAUUUGUCAUGGAUGAGAUUCUGCCAUUUUAAACAUCACAAAUGUAUUUCUGUUUGCGACAAAACGAAUGUGUAUUUUUACAUAACAUUUCCCUUUUCACAGUUUAUAGCUUGAAAGACAAAUUUAAAUUGAGGAAUUCUGAAUUUGAAUAAAAAUAUGACCUGGUUUGGAGA